CGAUAAAUCAUUAAUGUUAUUUGUGUAGAAGCAAGAAUAACAGUCACUUCCUUUCUUGACAGCCUUCAACGUUCACUUGGCGAAAACCAUGGGAGCUGGCCGUUAGUAAUGCUUCACCGAAUCCAUGAACCAGUGGUUCGGAAAGGGAUGUCUAAUAUGAGAAAGGUCCCAGCAAACGUCGUCUAAUCCGGCAGGGAUACAAGUGCAUUGCUGACAAUGUCACUUGCAUACUAAUGCCCUUCGACUUUGUCAGCGACCUGACCUCCAGAAAUUCGAUGAUAUCGAUACGAAGAUCGUCGUCAGCUCAAACGUCUGACAGAACCAUGGUUCGAUACCUGGAGAGCAAUCAUCGAAAAUUCCUGGUUUGGAUCGCCAAACUACCAGAAAACUGCCCGAUUGUAGGCUGUACUCGAUCAUACACUUGGUGCAAAAGGCGAUACUGGCUACGAAGCAUGCCAGAUCAUCAUAUUCUGAAAGUUGAAACAAUCCAGGAGAUGUGCAGUGCAGAAAAAUCCAUCGUGAAAAACGAGCAUAUGUAUACUAUCACACAUCGUGAGUUAAAGUCGAAGUUGUCAUUGCCACUUGCAGCACAUCUCUACCUGGAUCACCGUGGAGUCGAGAUUGGCCAUCGUCUCUGCCUUGUCGGAGUGGCGAUGCUCAAAUCCGUGCGAGAUGCAUGUAUAUCAGGUUGUCCGCACGAACAUAACGAACGCUCUCCAAUCGUAUUGAGCUGCUGAUGCCAUGUUCCACGUAACUGUUUUGUGUGGAUAAGAAAACGGUGCAUCUAAAUUAUUAUCAAUAUUUUGUACGAGAUGGUUCAUCUAUAACUCACUGUCCGCCCCAUUCUCGAC